AGGACGGCGGCGCGCGUGCACGCACACCCACGCACCCACCCCCUGCGCGAACGUGUCUUUUCUCGCGCGCGCGCCUGUGUGUGUGUUGGGGGGGAGUUGAAAUGGCCCUGGUCGCGUGCGAGUUCCCCUUGGCGGUUCUGCUGUGCGUCCUCCUCGAGAGCGCGCAGCCCCUGAGCAACGACGCCACGGAGCUGCGCGCCUCCAGCCUGGAGGACCCGAUGCGGGAGCGCGCGGACAACGCGUCCCUGAACAGAGCGCGCAGCGGGGGGCGCCGCGGGGGGGACAGCCUCCGGGGAGAGGACGGUCCCCUCGGGUGCAAGGAGCUCCGGUCCACCAGGUACAUCUCGGACGGCCGGUGCACCAGCCCGAACCCCGUGAAGGAGCUGGUGUGCGCCGGGGAGUGCGUCCCCGUUCGCGUGCUCCCCAACUGGAUCGGCGGAGGCUACGGAGGCAAGUUCUGGGCCCGGCGAGGCGGUCGGCAGCGGCGCUGCGUUACGGACCGCACCCGGGUCCAGCGCGUCCACCUGCUGUGCCCGGACGGAAGCACCAGGUCCUACAGGGUUAGGGUGGUGACCUCCUGCAAGUGCAAGCGCUGCUCGCGACAGCACAAUGAGUCUGGGCAGAGGCCCCAGGAGGCAGCCCCGUCGCGACCCCAGCGCUCCAAGGUUCGACGGAAGGAGCCCAAGCCCAAGAGCAGUCACCAUGGCAACCGGAAGGAGGACGCUACCGACAAAUGGAGGGCAGCCGUAAUGGAGCAUGAAUGAGCUCUGGUGACUGUGUGUCUGGGACCAGUUCUCCACUGCAUGCUACGGACAUUUAAGAGACUGUGUGUGUGUGUGCGCGCGUGCGCUCGUGUGUGUGCGCCCUCUCUCUCUCUCUCUCUCUCUCUCUCUCUCUCUCUCUCUCUCUCGACUUAAUCUCCCUGUUUGCUCAGGUUUUGUAAAGUGAGAUGAGUCAAAAAGCAACCCGCCUUCCCAGGUGUACAUAGCACACACUGUCAUAACCCCCCCCCCCCCGCGUACAGUGUUGUCUUGCUGGAACAGAUUUAAUAUUUAAUUUUCCGUGGUUCGUGCAGCCCUGUCCUUCGUGAUCCGCGGUAAAACCGAGCGGCUCUCACGGCACCUUUCUUCUGAGAUUUUCCUUCCAUUGCGGUUCACUGGGGCUAAUUUGCUCUGAAGUGCACAUGGAAAAAUGUGUUUCCCUCUAUGUUAUUAAAUAUUCUUGUGAUAUUU